UGAUUAAUGUGCGGGAAGCAUCAUGUGAUAUCAGCAAGCUAUUUUAGUACAAAACUCAACUAAUUGAACGCUGCAUUCGUCUACAUGACUUCGUAGGAGCCAUGGCUUCCUUAAAGUUAGCCCUAAUUUCUGUCGCACUGCUCCUGAUGAUUACCGUAUGCAGUUGUAAAUACGAGCCUACCUGGGAAUCCAUCGACUCCCGACCUUUGCCAGAGUGGUAUGACCAGGCCAAGUUCGGAAUAUUCAUUCACUGGGGAGUGUUUUCUGUUCCAAGCUUUGGCAGCGAGUGGUUCUGGUGGUAUUGGCAGAAGCAGAAGCAAAAGCCCUAUGUUGACUUCAUGCAGAAGAACUAUCCUCCAGACUUCAAGUAUCAAGACUUUGCCCCACAGUUUACAGCUGAGUUCUUUGAUGCCAAAGAAUGGACUGACAUAUUUGCCUCAUCCGGGGCAAAAUAUAUUGUCCUCACCACGAAACACCAUGAAGGCUUCACUCUAUGGGGUUCUAAGAACUCCUGGAACUGGAACGCAGUGGAUGUAGGUCCUAAACGUGACCUAGUCGGAGAAGUGGCUGGAGCACUCCGAGCCCACAGCGACCUGCAUCUGGGACUGUACCACUCUCUGUUUGAGUGGUUUAACCCGCUUUUUGAGCAGGACGCUGCCAACCUGUUCACUACCAACCUCUUCCCCACCACUAAGACGCUGCCCGAGCUCUAUGAGAUCAUCAACAAGUACAAGCCGGAGCUGCUGUGGUCCGAUGGAGACGGGGAUGCUCCUGAUAAAUACUGGAACAGCACCGGAUUCCUGGCUUGGCUGUACAACGAGAGCCCAGUGCGAGAGACCGUGGUGACCAAUGAUCGUUGGGGCUAUGGCAGUAUCUGUACCCAUGGAGGCUACUAUACCUGCGCUGAUCGCUACCAGCCUGGACACCUGCUCAAACACAAAUGGGAGAACUGCUUUUCAAUAGACAAAGCUUCCUGGGGUUACAGGAGAAACGCCCAGCUUAAAGACUACUCCACUAUCGAGCAGCUUGUUGCGACGUUGGUGGAGACCGUGUCCUGUGGAGGGAACCUGCUGCUGAACAUUGGACCUACGCACGACGGACGCAUCGCCCCCAUCUUUGAGGAGCGUCUGAGGCAGAUGGGUCAAUGGCUGGUGGUCAAUGGAGAGGCCAUCUACAACACCACCGCAUGGAGGGCCCAGAACGACAGCAUCAUACCUGGCAUUUGGUACACUGCUAAACCACAGGACAAGGCCAUCUAUGCAGUUCUCCUGGACUGGCCUCAGAGUGGAUCUGUCGUUCUGAAUGAACCUGUUGUUUCUACAGGAAAGACUCAGGUGGUGCUGCUUGGUCACAAGCCACUGGACUGGGAGCCGGUGAAGCCUCGUGGUCUGAGGGUGUUUCUGCCUCAACUGUCUUAUAGUCAGAUGCCAUGUCACUGGGCCUGGACCCUACGCCUGACAGGUGCCGCAUAGGAAAGAAGGCAGGGUCGUGUUCAUUACUUUACAGUUUUAAAAGGUUUUGCAACAGAAAACAAAAACAAGAGGUUCUUAUUGAACAAGUUCAGAUAUUUGGCGAUCUCCCUGUUUGAGUCCUUUUUCUUCUGUUCCGUGCCUAUUGAAUAUGACCCAGUUUUAAGCAGAGGGGUGCAGUGCUAGGCCACUGCAGACCUGGCGGGAGGGUCUCAAUGUUAGGCUAGCUGGUUUUUCUUGCUUCUCAACUAUGGGCGCAUUUGUUUUGCAUUUCCUGGUUCCAAUGGUCCUAAAGUGAAACCUCCACCCACCUGGGGCACUGGGCAAUUCAAAUGAGCACACCCAGUUUUAUAGAAUUGUGAGGAAGUGAAAGAGCUUGUAGAGCAUGUGCCACUCCUUUACAGAGGGGCCAUUAUUGUGAACUUUGCUUAGACCAUGGUUUAAACCAUUGGUCUAAAAUGGUUAGCUGCUAGCUUUUCUCAUAGGCCAACCUAGCCUAUGAGAAAAGCUAGCAGUUGGCCAUUUUAGACCAAUUGUUUAAACCAUGGUCUAAGCAAAAGUUCACAAUAAUGGCCCCAGAGUUUUUUAAAGUGUGUGGGGAGGACCUUUCUUUGUGUAGAACUGAUGGUAAUUCUGAAACUCAAGAGGCCAGUAUAGAACCUGAAUGUAAACAAAAUUGUCAUCUGUUUUUAUUUUAAGUUAAGAUGGGUAAUGAAAUGGAUUUUAAAUUAAUUGAAUAAUUCUUGACAGGUGUUUUGUUUGCUUCAUAUAAUUACUUUUGCACUUUUUUUAAAUAAGGGGUUGAUACUGUACUGUAAUUGAAAAUGUGAAUUUCAAAGGAUUUUAUCAGAUUACUUUUUGAUUUUCUGUUAUUGCAUUGUGACUGACCUUCACAGCAACUUUUUAAACGAAUCACAAUCCAUAUGUAAUUUUUAAUAGGAAUUGAAUGCAUUUGAUACGUUUUAAUUUUGUUGUAUGGCUUUACAAAUUACAGAAAUAAAGUACAUUUUAAUUUAA